UGGUAUUCAGCAUCUUCCCCUUCAAAUCUCCAAUUUCCAUUAACAUAACCUCCCAAUCCAGUCAUGGCGGAGACCGAGGCUGAGGCCCCGAAACCGAAGCUACGGCCAAUCGUGCGCGUUGGGAUCUUCCUCAUCUCUCACAGCCUCCUCUUCAGCGUGGUUUGUUGCACAGCAGGGGUUUUGACUCUUCUGCUACUGCCAGUUCUCGCCAAGAACACCUACAUUUCCGAGAAUGCCCUCAUGCCAGGUUCUGCGAAUUCCAUGCUCUCUGGACAGGAAGUCUCGGAGGCAAAUAGAUUGGUGAAGGAUUUAACCAGUUUGGAUUUGAAACCUGUGGGCGGUGGCAUAGAAAGUCAAAGACUAAUAGCAGAAUAUAUGUCUGACUUGGGUGCGGAAGUUAGUUAUCACAAGUUCUACCCUCGAUCGAAUCAGUUCCAUCCACUGCACUUUUUUUCUUAUCCUGAAUCUGGGACAAUUCGGGAGAACGUCAGUUGUUCAUCGCAUGGUCUCAACACAGUUGGAAUAAUAAGAGCACCACGUGGUGAUGGGAAAGAAGCUAUUGUCUUGGUGACGCCUUACAAUUCUGUAAAGAUUGGUCCAGGUGAGGCUUUAUCUUUGGGCAUCGCAUACUCAGUGUUUUCCUUGCUGAGCCGAGUUACAUGGCUGGCCAAGGAUAUUAUAUGGCUUGUUGCGGAUUCAAAAUAUGGAGAAUAUGCCGCAGUUGACGCUUGGCUAAGCGAUUAUCACAUGCCUGUAUUUAGUGGGUUAGGGGCCCUAAAUGCUGAAAUGUGUCAUGGAAGCAAUAUUCUUAAUGAACUGAAAGACUACUCUUUCACAGAAAGAAAGAUAUACGAUGGUUUUAGACGUGCUGGGACUAUGGCUGCAGCCCUUGUCAUCAAGGUUGCAGAUAGAAGUGAACAAUUUGAGAACAGUCUUAGCAUCUAUGCUGAGGCAUCCAAUGGGCAGAUGCCAAAUCUAGACCUUAUCAAUAUUGUAAACUUUUUAGCUGUUCAUAGGCAGGGUUUGCAGAUAAAGGUGGAGAAGAUGUGGUCUAUACUUAACUGCAAAUGGCUGAAGACUUUGGGUGAAAUUCUCGAGUCACUAGGACAUGUGGCUAGAAGCUUAAACCCACAGUGGAAGUUUGGUAUCCCAGCAGCAGAGUAUGUUGAGGGCACUGCUACACUUGCUAGUUCAUUGUAUUACCAGGCUUUGGGUGUUCCCACAGGUCCCCAUGGUGCUUUUCGUGAUUACCAGGUAGAUGCAAUUACUCUGGAAAUUUCUCCUGGAGUUUCUUCGAAUAACAAGGUUAGGGGAAACGACUUCCUUCUGCGAGGUGGCCGGUUAAUUGAAGGAGUUAUACGAUCAGUAAACAACCUCCUUGAGAAGUUUCACCAGUCAUUCUUUCUAUACCUUUUAACAUCACCCAGUAAGUUUGUGUCAGUUGGAGUCUACAUGAUCGCUUUUGCACUCCUUGUUGCACCACUCCCAAUGGUUGCAGCUUCUCUCUAUACCGAUGCUCAUAAAUUGGAUCCUAGUUAUGAAAAAGACAAAUCCACUUCUCCAGCCAGUGCUGCUGACAAACUUAGCAUCACUCUCAGAUCAUGCAAAUGGCUUAAUGCGGUGAAAAAAGUUUUUGUAGUUCACUUGUGGGGAGCUGUUGUUUCAUUACUCCCAUAUUUUGUCUGCCAAAUACCCAGUUGCACUCCAACAAUCAGCUUUGUAGUCUGGGUUUUGCUCUCCAUCUUCAGCCUCCUAAUCUUGUAUUUGAUUUUGGGUUUUCCAUUUUCCUAUGCCAAUGCAUCUCAACUUCAAAACAGAGAUUGGGCUCUCUUGAAAUCAGUGACUAUCUCAGCUGCCUUUAUUGGUUUGUGCCUCAUGUCAGUCAUUAACUUUGCUACAGCUGAGAUUGGGGCGUUACUAUUGGUCCCAAUGUGUUUGAUGGCUCAACCUUUGAAGCUUGAUGUGAAAACUAGAAGAUUGAGGAAUUUUUCAAGGGUGCCUUGUAAUCUGGCUUUGGGCUUUAUUGGAUUUCCACCAGCUGCUUUUUUUGUGUUGAAAGGUGUAUUUGAAGGUUUUGGUGGUAUUACUGUUGGUGACUUCUGGAAUUGGUUGGAGACCAUUUGGGCUUGGAGCAGUGCAACUUACCUCUAUAUAGGUAUAGUUCACCUGCCAUGCUGGUUAUUGUGCAUUCAUGUUUUAUUUCAUCCUUGUUGACAUGUUUUUGUGAAUUUUACCCUAUGCAUCAUCGAUCGAUUUCACACACAAAUCAGAAGAUUAAAUGAAAUUUUAUCUCAAUGUUUAUGCCUUCUUA